UCCGAGCCAGGGCCCGUGCUGUACCCGUCAGUGCAGCUUCAUGGGCAUCAGUGCCAAGUGCAGGAACGACAGCGAGUGUGCCCACCAGGGCAACUGCAACGGCCUGACGGCCCAGUGCCCCACCUCCGCCCCCAAAGAGAACUUCACCAUCUGCCACAGCGAGACGCAAGUCUGCAUCAAUGGGGUGUGUUCUGGCUCUAUCUGCUCUAAGUAUAACCUGGACGUGUGCACGUGUGCCCCAGAGGAGGGCAAGGAUGAGAUGGCAGAGCUGUGCCACGUCUGCUGCAUGGAAAAGAACAAGCCGGAGACGUGCAAGAGCACGGGGUCGGAGAAGUGGGUGAGGUUCUUCCAGAGCAAGGUGAUCACGCUGCAGCCGGGCUCGCCCUGCAACGACUUCAAGGGCUACUGCGACGUCUUCAUGAAGUGCCGCCUGGUGGACGCCGACGGACCGCUCGCACGCCUCAAGAAGGCCAUCUUCAACCCCGAGCUCUACGAGAACAUCGCCGAGUGGAUAGUGGCUUACUGGUGGGCGGUGUUGUUGAUGGGUAUUGCACUCAUCAUGCUGAUGGCUGGAUUCAUUAAGAUCUGCAGCGUACACACACCGAGCAGCAACCCCAAACUACCGCCUCCCAAACCACUACCAGGUACGCUGAAGAGGCGGCGGCCGCAGCACGCCCAGGCCCAGACCCAGCCCCAGCGGCACCAGAGGCAGCAGAGGGAGAGCUACCAGAUGGGGCAGAUGAGGCGCUGAGCACCCCCCCCCCCCGCCCAGCCGCCCUCCUCCUGCCCCCCCCCCACACACCCCGACACCCCCCGCCCCCCCGCGCCUUGCCUUGGUUCUAAUAGUGCCUACCCUGGGAACAGUCCACUCCAAAGAGCUACUAGCGGUCAGUCGGUCAGUCAGGCAGGCAGUCAGUCAGUCAGCCGGGACGACACAACAACCCACUUCAGCAGUGUACAAACACACACGUACACACCUACACGCACACACCUACACACACACAUAUACACACACAUACACAUACAUGUACACGUACACACACACACACCUUCCAAGCAACCUGUGGUCCGCUCUGCUUUCGGUUUGUUUUUGUUUUUGUUUUUGUUUUUGUUUACCUCUCUGCGUUAGUCAACGGUUGAGAGAGCGAGAGAGACCAGAAGCCACUGCUGUUCAGACUACAGGCAGAGAGCAGAGGACGACAAGAAAGACCUGCAUGAAGAAGAGGAGGAGGAGGAGGAGGAGGAGGUGGGAUGAAUGAAGUGGUGGAGGAGGAGGAGGGGAGGCGCACUCGUUUUCUGACCUCCUCUCCUCCCGUUUAUUUGUUCUGUUUGUUCUCCCACCUCUGCUCUGCACUGUGGCUCUCCUCCUGAUCCCACGUCACCGGAUUACAGCUUUCUUUUUUUCUUCUGCCGCAGAGACAACGAGAUCUUUUGUUCUUUCUUUCUCUCUUCUUUUUUUUUUCUCUUUGGAUCCUUUUUUGUUUUAUCCCUCAGAGUGGGGAGAUAAAGCAGCGCUGGUCACAUGGGACCACCAUCAGCCAAUCACGACCAAGGUGGGCGUGGCUUGACACCGAGCUCAGAAUGGGCGGGACUUGAUAAUUAUUUUUUUUGCCAAUGUAAUUUAAGAGGCGGAGUUAUUUUAAAGAUCAGAGAAUCAAGUGUACCACAAACUGCAGGCUUAUAUUCCUCUCGCUUCCAUGGGCUGUGCUUUUCUGUUCUUCUUUUCUGGUUUCCUGCGUGCAAUUGUACAGAUAUGGCAAUGUAGAUUUGUUUUAUUACUGUUUGUUUUGAUUUUUAGUUUGUUUGUUUUGUUUCUUUUCUUUCUUUUCUUCUGAAUAUGUUUCAUUUUUGUCUGCUGUUUCAUAAAGAUUUAUUUACUGUUUUGACUCUCAGGAUUAUAAAAGACAAAUAAGGAAAUGAGUGAAUGAUAGAGAGACCGGAGAAGAGGAAGGGGUAGAGAGAGGACAGGAAAUGAGAUCAGAGGAGAGACCAGGAAGAGGAUGGACGCUCACAUCUGACCAGCAGGCUUAUCACGUUACUUUUUUUUUAGAAAUCUACAAACAGUGUGUGAGUGUGUGUGUGUGAGAGAGAGAGAGAGAGUCAGAUAAAUGGGGAUGUAGAGACCUUUUUACAAAAAUUAUAGGCUCCAAUGUGCACAGCCUGGAAACAGGAAGUGGGAGGAGUCAGUGGCACAGAGGGGCAGGGCCUUAAGAGUUGCACAUGCCCAGUAGGGUUCAGUAUGUACUGAUGAUUGUAGAUGCAUAGCGUUUGGUCUGACCUGAAACAGUCAUCAUCAUCAUCAUCAUUGCCAUCAUCAUCAUCAUCGUCGUCAUCAUCGUCAUCAUCGUAAGGAUGGUUUUAUGGGAUGUUUUUACUGCAUUGUCUCGAGUUCAGUGGUGUGUGGUUGUGCUGCCUCCUCUCAGCUGUGAUUGUCAUGUCAAUAGUCAUGUGAGCCACUGGCGCCAAAAGAUUGUCCAGUCAGAGAGAGAGAGAGAGAGAGAGAGAGAGAGAGAGAGAGAGAGAGAGGGGGGGGGGGGGGGGAUCCACUUCAUUAUUGUUUUUAUUGUCUUCUCAUCGACGGCAGCCCUGAUGUAACGCUGGCUUUUAGUUUUUGUUACCGAGUAUAUUUAAGCUUUAGGGAUGGUUAGAUGAAGCUUCACAUUACUCGUGUUUGUGUGCGUGCGUGUGUGUGUGUGUGUGUGUGUGUGUGUGUGUGUGUGUGUGUAAAAGUGUUAGAUGAACCACAGGACAGCCACCUCCACUCAGCGCUCAUAACCACUUCAUCACUCUUCGUCACUCUUCCUCUUCCUCCUCGCUCUUCCUCUCUCUCUCUCUCUCUCUCUCUCUCUCUCUCACAGCAUCAGGUUGUUGUUUCCACUGAAUGUCCAGUAAGAAUGUGACUGCAGCUCCAUCACCGACCUGCUUCUGACGGCCUGUGUGCGCUUGUGUAGUACUUUACACUCUGCUGUAGGCUGGACUGGGCUGCACCGGGCAAACAGACCCUCUCUUUCGGCUGAGCUUUUCUGAUGUAGUGAUUGAUUUGUUGUUUGGUGAUUGAUUGAUUGAUCUGAUUAGAUUUCAUUUGAUUGAUUGAUUGAUUGAUUGAUUAAUGGAUUCAUGUUGAAAGUACUGCCGUGAAGAGAUCGAAUGCAAAGAGCUGUUCUUAUUGCUUUGUUUUUGUUUUGUUUUUUUCAUCAAGAGUCCAUCUUUUCUUGCUGAAGUCCUGUAUCUCCCUUCCCCAAGCCAGUAGUCACUAUACAGGACCACCUGGUGCAGUAGAAGUUUGUACGCUCUGUGUGUGUGAGAUCCUCUCCAUCUUUCUCUUGGAAGAUCACCAUAGCAACCCACCCAGGCUGGGUCUCCUUGAGAGCAUCUUUUGACCUCUGACCUCUGAUCUCCAUUGAGAUGUGAUGGUGUGCAGAAACAGCAGUUUUUAGGCUGCACAAGGUCACGAGUGGCAGUGAAUUCAUUUUUUUUGUUAGCAUGUGUUACUUGACACUCUCUCUCAAUCUAUUUCUCUCUCUCUCUCUCUCUCUCUCUCUCUCUCUCUCUGUCCCUCCCUCCCUCCUCCCCUCUGUUGGGGUGCUAUGUGACGGCGUUGAGGUUUGCAGAGGCGCCUUCAUUUUGCUCACUCACCUCUCACCUCUGCACGCGGAUGCUGGGCACAAACAGGUCUCAGAGCAGACAAGAGCCACGUCUGAAUUCCUCUUCUCCUGCUUCCUACUUCCUGUUUCCUGUUUCCUGUUUCCUCUCCCCUUCCUCUCAUCCAUGCCCUGGGCUGCAGACUGGUUAGCGCUCAUGUAGCCUAGCGCUCAUGUAGCCUCUUCUAUGCUGAUACAUCCAUCCAUCCAUCCAUCCGCUUCAGUUGGGUUGCUGUUAGGGUUUGUUUAUCUCUUCUGUGGUAAUAGUUUAAACUUUAGGGGAUGGGAGGGGUGGUAUUUCUUUAAUAUUGUGUUUCUGCUGGGAAACUGCACUGAGAGGAGAAAUGAAUGCAUAGGUAAAUAUUUGGGAUGAGGGUUUUUUUUUGGAAGGGAGGGGGUGCGUCGUUGAGUUUGGAAUAGAGGGGAAGAGGUGAAAGUCUGAUACUACUGUCUGAUUUUAAAAAGCCGCUGUGUUUUAUACAGUAUCUACUUUCUUGUUUCAUUUGUUUUUGUUUAUUUGAUUGAUUGUUUGUUUGUUUGUUUUAAACUUUUUUUUUCUUUUUCUUCCAUCGCGCUCACUUUGGAAAUUUUUACUAAAUUUGCAAAAAGUAUUGUGCAAAGAUAUGUAAUUUUUGAAGUACUUGAAAAUGCAUUAAUAAAAAUAGAACUUGA